UACAUAUAUGUUGUGACCAUACCAACACUAAUUAAUUAGUAGGUUCUAUCAUAUGCUCACAUUUAAGCAUGUUUGGAGUGAAAGCAAUACUAAAAUCAGCCACUACAUAGUUUUUCACCUCUUGAUCCAUUUUUGGUUAAAAUAGCUUUUGCAAAAUCAUGCAAGUGGCCGUGAUUUCAGCAAAACCACCGCAAUACUAAACGUACAAUAAGUAGUCUCUCUCAGUGAAGAAAGAAGUCAUUUGCUAUAUAUAAACCAUUUUUUAAAAUUCUUUUGAGGUUCCUUGGUGUGUAUGGACUGUGAAUUCACGUGUAAUAUUGUUGUUUUCCACCCUCUUGUAUCAAUUUUAAUCAACUAAUUAAGUGAAAAGGAGUUCAACAACUUUUACCCUUUCAUCACAUGUAAAUUUUAAAUUCUGCUAAUGCCAGUGCUAAUUUUCACAAGAGACAUAUGUUUUGGCUCUUGUCCUUUACACCAAAAACAAUUCUGGUUUGUAUUCCAUUAACAGUAUUUUCGCGAGACAUCACCUUAUGUCUGUCACUAUAUGUGGACCUUCUUCAAUUUAACCUCAUUUAGUUCUUUGCAUCUUAUAGUUUCCAACCUCAAAAUCAUUUGUAUGAAUCAUUGUUGAAGAGUCUGUCCUUGGAUAUUGGAAUGGGAUGGAUGUGGUUUUUGCACUGAUGUUGCAGCUGUUGAAGUUCUGCAUCAUCUUUGGCUUUGCAGUGGCAUCUAAAGGACUUGUUAUAUCCCCAUCUCCAGAAAACUUACAUGUGUAUCCAGCCCCUAUUGAAACACCUGGUUCUUCCCACCAAAAAGAUUCACAUAGCACCAUUUCUCCUAGCUCUUCAACAGUACACAAUGGGCCAUUUUCUCAUCCUCCAGUAGCAUUAUCACCGCCAUCUGUAAAAGCAAGUCCACCGCCAAGGAAAGCUCCUGUUGUUAGGCCUCCUGCCUCAACACGAACUGCCUCAGCAUCUAUUCCUCCCAUAUCCUCUCCUUCAAGAAUCAUCAAUCCGAGAAAUGGAAGAGCACCGAUUGCUGCACCUUUGUACAAAACACCAAAGCCAUUUCCACAUGUGAUACAUUCUCCAGCAUUGACACCUUCGGCCUCAAAUUAUAAACAUCACCAUUCAAGACACAUAAUUACCAUACCUGCUCCUGCGCCAUCAUAUAUGGUUUCUCCUCCCAUUUCAAGACACCGAGAUAGAGCAAUUCCUCCCUCAUUAUCACCAACAACAGGUGGAAAAAGACAUCAUGUUCCACUACCAUUGAAUUCAGACUGUUUAUCAACUGUCUGCACAGAGCCUUAUGUAACUUCUCCUCUUGGAGAACCUUGCAGAUGUGUCUGGCCCAUGCGAGUCGGUCUUCGCCUUAGUGUUUCUCUUUAUACAUUCUUCCCUCUGGUCUCGGAGCUGGCUUCUGAACUUGCCGGUGGGAUUUUAAUGAAGCGAAGUCAAGUUAGAAUUACGGGAGCCAAUGCAGCAAACCAGCAACCUGAUAAAACUGUAGUCCUUAUUGAUUUAGUGCCACUUGGGGAGAAGUUUGAUAAUACUACAUUCUCUUUGAUUUCCGACAGGUUUUGGCAUAAAAAGGUUGUUAUUAAAGCCUCCUACUUUGGAUACUAUGAUGUUUUAUAUGUGAACUAUCCAGGUUUACCUCCUUCUCCUCCUUUACCACCUUCAAGCAUUAGCAUGAUAAAUGGUGGUCCUUAUUCCUCUGAUGGCAAUAAUGGAAGGACAAUAAAGCCUAUUGGAGUUGACAUACAGAAGAGGCAGAAUAGAGGCGAUCUUAGCAAAGGCUUUAUUGCCAUUGUUGCUGUUUCAGUUUUUGUAGCAUUUGUUUUAUGUACUGCUGCUUCCUAUGUCAUGUUCAAAUUCAGAGUUCAUGUUAGUCAAACAACAUCGACUCCACGACUUUCACAUCAUUCUCUUACCAAAGCAUCAGUUACCGCUACUGGAUCAUUAAUUGGAGACGGAGGGAUUGGUUCGGUUUCCUCUUUAUUUGAAUCUAGCAUUGCUGCUUAUACAAUGUCUGCUAAGACUUUCAGUAUGAAUGACAUUGAGAAAGCUACUGAUAAUUUUCAUAAUUCAAGAAUACUUGGAGAAGGUGGUUUUGGUCUUGUUUACAGUGGUGUCCUUGGAGAUGGGACAAAAGUGGCAGUCAAGGUUUUAAAAAGGAGGGAGGAUCAUCAAGGUGAUCGCGAAUUCUUAGCUGAAGUUGAAAUGCUUAGUCGUCUUCACCAUAGAAAUCUGGUCAAGUUGAUUGGUAUAUGUGCUGAAGAGGACAGCUUCCGCUGCUUGGUUUAUGAACUCAUUCCAAAUGGCAGCUUGGAGUCUCAUUUACAUGGGGUUGACAGGGAAAAGUGCACACUUGAUUGGGGUGCUAGGAUGAAGAUAGCUCUCGGUGCAGCUCGUGGUUUAGCUUAUCUGCAUGAAGAUUCAAGUCCUUGUGUUAUACAUAGGGACUUCAAGUCUAGCAACAUAUUGUUGGAAGAUGAUUUUAGUCCAAAAGUAUCUGAUUUUGGAUUGGCCUGGACUGCUUCAGAUGAGGAAAAUAGACACAUAUCAACACGUGUUGUGGGAACUUUCGGUUACGUGGCUCCGGAGUAUGCAAUGACAGGUCAUCUUCUUGUUAAGAGUGAUGUUUACAGCUACGGUGUUGUUCUUCUAGAGCUUUUGACAGGAAGAAAACCUAUAGACAUGUCACAAGCUCCUGGUCAAGAGAAUCUCGUUGCUUGGGCUCGUCCAUUUCUCACAAGUAAAGAAGGAUUGGAAGUAAUUAUAGAUCCAUCUAUAGGACGUGAUGUCCCUUUCGAUUGUGUGGCAAAAGUAGCAGCCAUUGCUUCAAUGUGCGUGCAAUCAGAAGUAUCGAACCGUCCAUUCAUGAGUGAAGUUGUUCAGGCUUUAAAACUUGUAUGCAAUGAAUGCGAAGAAGCAAAAGAAGUUGAUGGUUCAAGAAGUUCAAUCCAAGAGCAUGAUGAUUUAUCUGUUGAUGAUAUAGAAAGAGGCUUCUCAGCAUCAGAAUUAUUCAAUUCACCAAGUAGAGUAGGAAGAAUGGAGUAUGAAACAUUUAGAAGAAAGUCUUAUUCAGGCCCUGUGGGAAAUGGAAGAAGCAAACAGUUAUGGGAGAUAAUGAGAAGGCUUUCUGGUGGCAGUGUCAGUGAUUGUGAACAUGAAACUAUAUGAUCAAGUAAUGAGGAUUACAAAUCCUUUUGAAAAGUAAAAAUCGAAUGGAUUCGGUCUUAUACAUACGCGAGGAAGGAAAUCAUAAAAGUAAAGAAGAACCAAUCUUCUUUCUUUUAUCACUUAGGAGCCCUGCGAGAUGAAAGUCUCAUGCACGGUUUUGAAUGAGAGUAAUGACUAUGUUACCAUAGAGAAAUUUCAUUAUUUUUUUACUUUCUAAUUUGUGGAUAUUGUUUUCACUGGUUUUGUUACCACUCAGUAAGAUGUCCUCUGCUUAACUCACUUUUGUUUGCUCUCACCUCUUAACUAGAGAUGCAUGGAUGUAUAUUAAAAAUAAACAAAAGUCAUAGAUAUGAUAUUUUUCUUUUUUCACUUUGAA